AAAGCUGAAAAAUCUUCAGCCACCGAUGGAGCAAUAUUUGAGUCCAAGAAGGACAGUAAGGAAGAGGAAGUGGCGCAGAAUGCGGGGACAUCAGCAAGAGUCAGAUCACCACCGGCAAACAAGUCACCUUUCACAACCCCUCCCCACCCCGUCAAAAAACCCACGGACAGAAAGGUAGCAGCAGCUGAGCAGUCGAGCAGCCGGGCAUCUGAGCGUCCUCUAGCGCCUCCUGUUGUGCCGCCGAAGAGGAACCCGCGUUCAUUCACAGUGAAGCAACUGAGCAGUCGAGACAUUCCUAAUGACCUGCAAGGAGCAAAUAAGACGAGGGAGGGAAUGAAGGUGAAGGAACUGGUGCAGAUGUUUUCUGUCCCUGCAGCCCAAGAGAAAACAGCCGUACCCAAGGAGAAACUCAGACCGGAAAACCCACAGGGGAAGCUUCUCGCUCAAAGACGUACCACCAUCCCGGCCCGGGAAACCGGAGUCCAACCAAAGUUGGAAGACAGGAAGGAGCAGAAAUACAAAUCAGUCAGCAAACAUCCAACAGCUGGACCUCCUGUCCAACCUAGGAGGAAAGGCUUAAUUUUAUUAAACAGAACGCCAGAGAAAGCUGAAAAAUCUUCAGCCACCGAUGGAGCAAUAUUUGAGUCCAAGAAGGACAGCAAGGAAGAGGAAGUGGCGCAGAAUGCUACAGAUAUGGCACCUGAGCCAACACCAACAGCAGCAAAACGGUCACAGAAGGAGGACCUAUCGAUGAUUGAAGCAGCCCAGCCUGACGUCUCUACGAGCAGAAAGGUGAAGGAACUGGCUCAGAUGUUUGCGGUUCAGGAAACAGCCGCACGACCGCAGCCGAAACGCGGACAAGAGCGCCGACCAUCACAGAAGUUACCAGACCCAACAAGUACUCCUACCACAAUGAAAACUGCUUCAUCAAAGGCCACCAAGCAUCAGGACCACACACCCUCAGGUGAAGCGUCUGAGCUGGCAGGUUUCUGCGCUGGUCCAAAGGUGAAGGAUCUGGCGCGGAUGUUCUCAGCCAAGACCUACUAGGCACAAGGUGCCCAAAUAAGAAGGUCAGAAAAAGGAGAAAUGUCUGCAAGCAUUGUUUUAAGGAUUUUUUUUUUUUUUU